UUAAGUGCUACAUAGUCGAAUUUGCAGCUGCCACACAUUUGUUUUUUUGUUUCCAUUUCCAACAAACAACUUUUUUCGCUUCUCUAAUCUUUUACAAUGGCGAAGGAGCCUUUUUUGUUUUUGCUGUUUCGGUGCUCCUUAUUAGAACUUUCUCUGCCUUAUCUUGCCGGUCUUAGCUGCCUCGUGUACGCCCUAACGGUACCAGAGCUCGUACAAAGUAUGACGAUGGAGGUCGAUUCGGUCCAGAUUUGUCAAGUCGGUCCCUGGUGCCGGAUGAAGGAAAUGAAAGCAGUUCAACCGUGAGGCCUACCGGAGUGCGUUAUCAGUUAAUCACAGAGUCAAUUUGAUGUCAUCACCCACGGCCGCCACGGAACUGGCAGCGAAUGGACCGGUUUUAUUUUAAGACCAGCGAGCCCCGUUUAACCGGCAUUAGUACCACUGUUCGGUUCCUGCGGGAUCGGUUCGUUCUUCUAGUGUGUGGUGUAGUGUGUGUCAAGUGUGACUGAAGCGUGAUCCCUGUUGGUGCACCGUGAAAAUGUUUAGUCCAAAGGCAGGCCCUUCGGGGGAGCGGACACCGUUGUUGAGUGGAAAACUCCUGGGCCCGGUGGUGAUCGUAGAGGAAAAAAUCGUCCAAGGUCCGAUAGCGAUCUUCGAGGAGCAUCAUGCCGUGACGGAAGAGUACAGGGAAAUUGUGCUACCCGAAAACUUUCACUCGUCCUAUCGGCACCGGUGGUUAGAAUGUCUCUCUAGAGUUUUCAUCAUCCCGCAGCGUGUGAUCCUCGCCAUCAUGGGCUUCCUGGCGAUCAUGAACGCGUACACGAUGCGAAUCUCGCUGUCAAUCGCCAUCACGGAGAUGGUGAACAAGACGGGCGGUGGCGGCGAGGAGGGCGAAAGUGGCGUCUGCCCGAUCGACGAGAACGACAACCCGGACGACUUUACCGGCGGUGAGUUCGACUGGGAUGAGGAGCUGCAGGGCAUCAUCCUGUCGUCGUUCUACUGGGGCUACGUCAUCACGCACAUCCCGGGCGGCAUGUUGGCGGAGAAGUUCGGCGGCAAGUGGACGCUUAGUCUGGGCAUCCUGUCGACGGCCUUCUUCACGCUGAUCACCCCGUGGGCGGUGGAGCUCGGCGGCUCGACGGCGCUGAUCGUUAUCCGUGUGAUGAUGGGUUUGGGCGAAGGUACGACCUUCCCGGCGCUGAGUGCCCUGAUGGCGACCUGGAUCCCGGCGAAGGAGCGCAGCAAGCUGGGUUCGCUGGUGUUUGGCGGCGGUCAGGUCGGUACGAUCCUCGGUAACCUGCUGUCCGGCGUGCUGCUGCACAACAUCGACGGCUGGUCGUCGGUGUUUUACUUCUUCGGCGGCAUGGGAGUUUUGUGGUUCGUGAUCUUCACGCUCCUCUGCUACAGCGAUCCCGAGUCGCAUCCCUUCAUCAGCGAAAAGGAAAAGGAGUAUCUGAAGCGUGAGCUGGGAACGCUCGAGCGCGACCGCACACUGCCACCUACCCCCUGGCGGUACAUCCUCACGAGCGUACCGAUGAUGGCGCUGGUGUGCGCCCAGAUUGGCCACGACUGGGGCUUCUUCAUCAUGGUCACCGAUCUGCCCAAGUACAUGAGCGAUGUGCUGCGAUUCUCGAUCAAGGACAACGGGCUCUACUCGUCCCUGCCGUAUCUGGUGAUGUGGAUCGUGUCGCUGUCGACCGGCGUCCUAAGCGACUGGCUGAUCACGUCCGGCCGGAUGACGAUCACGUUUGGUCGGAAGCUGUUCACCACGAUCGCGUCGAUCGGACCGGCCUGCUUCAUCGUCGGCGCGUCGUACGCCGGCUGCGAGAAGGCGGUGGUGGUCAUGCUGUUCACCUUCGCCAUGGGCCUCAUGGGCACGUUCUACCCGGGCAUGAAGGUGAACCCGCUCGAUCUGAGCCCCAACUACGCCGGCACGCUGAUGGCCAUCACCAACGGCAUCGGUGCCAUCACCGGCAUCAUCGCACCGUACGUCGUCGGCGUGAUGACACCCAACCAUACCCUCGAUGAAUGGCGGAUCGUCUUCUGGAUCUCGUUCGCCGUCUUCAACGUCACCAAUCUGGCGUACAUUCUGUGGGCAUCGGGCGAGGUGCAGCCCUGGAAUACGCCCCAUCUGAUGAACAAAUCGGUCGAGGCGGGCGACUCGAACUCGUCCGACAAGGCGCUUGCCGAGCCGCGCAAAAGCGACCAAACACUUGGUGCCAUAAAGCAGUGAGGAGAAGGGCGGGAGGAUAUGAGACGCGAGCGGACACCUCAUCCAUUGUUGCGCCCACAGGCAGAACCAGAGCAGGUCUCGAGAAGGACAACACAGCCGGAUAGCGGACCGGAAGAUAUCCCCGCAGAAGGAUGAACCUCUUUUUGUUUGCGAGUGAUAACCAAACUUCUCAGUGAAGAACACGCAGGGGAACGACCCAAGGGUACACUAGAAACGGGGCGAUCUUUAAACUGUUUCUUAUUUUAUUAAAUAUAUUUACAUACAUUAUUGUUAACACACGCCGUAGCGCCGCUAACGACCGUCGGGUUAAUAGUUAAUCCGACCCGUAGGCCACGCGACGGUUUAUUCCACUGUAAAACCCGUAUUGCCCCAUUCGGCGCGAUAAGAUACCGUGUUCCGAGUGUGCGAGUUUAUUUAUAGCACUUGUCAGGCGAUAGGAUACGCGAUAGGAUUUACCAAGCAGAGGGAUGCGCUGAAAGCAAGGGAGGCACGCAUCGGUCCUCUGAACAAAGGAACUUUACAGGGUUUGUGUACAGUUGAAAGGUGCAGAAAGAGCUUUAGGGUAUGCAUUAGAACGAGUAACACUACUGAAGGAAGUCAAAAUAAAGGUUAUUCCUGUUUAUGUAAGGAGUCAGUAGCAAUGUUGAAUGAAUGCGUUUUUACAGAUGACGGA